GGCUGGAUCGGAUCGUCUCAAUAACGAUGGACCAAUCAAAGUUGUUGUAACAUGUGAGAGAGCAACGUAGGUGAGUUGAGUGGGAAUCCUCAGCGGCCAUUUUUACUUGGGAAAUCCCUUAGGUGGAAACACGGAUUGUACAGGUAAAAUGCCUGGCAAAAUCGAACUAGUCCCGCCUCCCCCGGCGAACACGACGCAGCCAGGAGUAACCAGAUCACUUCUUUACAGCGGUUCGAAGUUCCGAGGUUAUCAGAAAAGCAAGGGUAAUUGCUAUGACGUCGAAGUAGAGUUGCAGCACGUAGACGAAGCUAGUAGUUUCCUUUGUGGAUAUCUUAAAAUCAAAGGAUUGACAGAAGAAUUUCCCACCUUAACAACUUUCUUUGAUGGUGAAAUUAUUAGCCAAAAAUAUCCAUUUUUAACGAGGAAGUGGGAUGCAGAUGAAGAGGUGGAUCGAAAGCAUUGGGGAAAAUUUUUAUCUUUUUAUCAAUAUGCCAAAACUUUUAAUUCAGACUCCUUUACUUAUGAAGAAUUAAAAAACACAGAUUUUGUAUUUAUGAGAUGGAAGGAGCAUUUUCUUGUCCCAGAUCACACUAUUAAGGACAUUAAUGGUGCAUCAUUUGCCGGCUUUUAUUACAUAUGCUUUACUAAAUCCACCGCAAGCAUUGAAGGCUAUUACUAUCACAGGAGCUCAGAAUGGUUUCAGUCUUUAAAUCUUACCCAUGUGCUAGAACACAGUGUACCAAUCUACGAGUUCCGAUAGACACCUACCACAGUUUCUCAUUUACGAGUCUCGAUAGACGCCUACUACAAUGUACCAUUUCCGUGUCCAAUAGAUGCCUAUCACAGUGUACCAAUCUACGAGUUCCAGUAGAUGCCCACCACAGUGUACCAAUCUAUGAGUUCCAGUAGACGCCUACCACAGUGUAUCAAUUUGGCUUUCGAUAUUCCAGAUACAAAUGUUCAAGUUUUGAGCUUUUGUGUAAGAAGUGUGAUUCACCAGUUAGACUGUGUCAAAGUGAAAAGUUACCUAAUGUGCCAGUUUGUAUGAUAAUAAUCAAAACUUCAAAUAUUUACUACCAAUUUUGGUGUAGCUUACUUUGUCAUGGUAUAACUUACUGUAAUUGUAGUGUUUAAAUUGAUUUAUAUGAAACAAGUGUUUCUUUGUUUUCUUGUCAUAUCUUAUCGUUGAAGGAAUGAUGAAGUUAACCAUUUUCCAUAUUGUAGACAAAUCACACAUCUAUGUUAUCGACUUGACACAGAACAUGGUGUUGCAUACUCUUUAUAACUUAACUAUGAACAUAAAAGUUACAUCAUAGCACUAGGGAGUUGAUAAAAUACAAUUACUAGACAUUUUAAUAUGUUAUCAAUGCUGGUUUUAUAAUCUGUUUAAGUACAAAAUAAUGUUUUUCUCAAAAUAAAAUCAGAACCUUGGUCUUAAUAUUUUGAUUGCUAGAAUUGAGUUAUAUUUAAUAAUUUCUUUGGCAUUUGUUUUAUUAAACUUUUUUUUAAUUUUUCUGUCUUUGCGAGAGUAAGAGGUUUAAUUAUAUUUUUUUUAAAAGAUUAUCUAUUUUUAAGAUAACUCUCAAAGUCAGUAUGAAUGGUAUAUAAAUAAGACAGCAGGCAAUGUGUUAAUAUAAAUGUUUUUUUUUUGUUGUUUUUUUUCAAUAAACUAAUUUAUUUCUGCAUUUGUUUUAGGAAGUUUUAACAUUGUUCUUCCAAUGGGCAUCACACACAUGUUCUAACUGAACUGAUUUGAAUAAUUUGGAUUCAGAUAAAAGAUUGGAUUUACUUACAGUGUGUUAACUCUGAAUUGUUAUGUUAAUCAUGUUAUUAGUACAUGUACUUGAUGUUAGUUUGAUAUUUUGCGCAUACAGUUAUACAGGUUUUGUUUGUUUUUGUGUAAAAAAAAAAUAUCUUGUAUAAUUUUCCCCAAUUAGAGUAUCAUCUUUGAUUACAAAUUAUAAACAUACCUGUACAUAAGUAAGUUAACAUAUAAAGAGUCUUUUAUUGUGGUCCUGAUAUUCAGGGUAACAUUCGUCUCGCAUGCAAUUUUUCACAAAAAUAAUUGCAAAACUUACUUUUCUCACUUUUCAAAAAAAA